AUGUCAGUUCCUGCGGCAUGGCCUUCGAGCCCGGCGAAACUCACGCUGGAAGCUUGGUCGCAAGGCUGUAUGAUUGGCGCUUUGAUCAUCAUGAUCGGUAUCACCUUAGCUAAUAUGCGACGCGGUGUCAUGUUACAUAAACUUAUCUUGAUCGAGGUGAGCAUCUUACCCAGUAUCGCCUUCAAUAGACUAUCAUCUCACAAAAUUUCCAAGCUCCUUCUGGCGAUGCCAAAUGGUUUCUUUACCUUUUUCGAUCCUCCGACCUGGGGAUGGUAUCUUUCCUCGACUGUUAUUUUCCUUAUCAUCUCAUGGAAUCUACACAACGUCAUCGCCUGGAUGAAGAAUAAGCCCUUCCUCUCAAAAAGGAAUAAUGCUAUAUAUAUUGGCAGCAUCAUACUAGUCCAACCUUACUGGGUCCUUGAGAUCUACGCCAACUUCACGUACUUCAACACUGCUAAUACCCAUCUUUUCUCCUCAACCCGACCGCUUGAGGCUGUCUGCCGCGAUCCCUGGUGGAUCUUUACCGCCAUCAACCUUUUUUGGAACAUUAAAUACCGUUAUGAGUUCAAACCUCUGGAGAUCAUCCGUAUAUCCCCUCGGUUCGGUCUUUUACUGUUGAGCAUGUCUCUCAGUAUCAUCUUCAUCAUUGUUGACCUUCUCUCCGUUACGCCUGUUAUCCCAAUCGGUGUUAUCAAUCCAUUUUGGAAGUUUGCAUUUAUCUUCAAAUGCUUCACCGACACGAUCGUUCUAGACGACUUCAAGACCGCACUGGAUAAGCUGAAUCCAACACCAGAUGCCGAGGCCAGGCAGGGAAGUCUUCUAUGA